AUGACAUCCGAGGAGGCCAAGGGGAGUCUUCUAGAGGACGAAAAUGCCCGAUUGUUGACAUUAUUCCCUGCUUUGGCAUCAAGGCUCCUUAAAAGACAGAGAUGUGUAGACAAAAUUUACGAGUAUAUAAAUCACUUACUGCAACAAGAAGACGAUGCUACUCUACGGCAAGUCAAAGAAGACAUUGAAAAGCUAGAUAAAGAGAGGAAGCUCAAAAACAGCUUUCACGACUCUGUCGACCCCAAUAAGACCAUUCUUUUGACCUAUGCUUUUGGGGAUAUGUACACACAAGCAUUGUCUAUGGCCACUGGAGGUAAUAUUAGAGCAGAUGUGUUGAAUGCUGAAGAGUUGAGACAGGAUCAAUUGGAAGAGCUUGUGAGGCAGUUCAUGACGGGAAACCAAUCGGAAAAGAUGUAUCCCAUAUUUCUCAGGGUAUACAAUAAUAUCAUCGACGAGCAUGUGGCUGUGAAGGAAAGAAACCAUUGGCUCGAGCUACGGCGUAUGCUUGGAAAAGUUGGAGCUACGUUGAAUCUUAACACUAAGAAGGUGGGGAUAGACAAUGAUCCAUCGGAGAAGAGAGGCCGAGUAUGGCCAGAAGGUGGGUACACUAGCGUUGAUCCAUACAAUUGGUUUUGCUCCAGUGAAGAGUUCAUUUGUGACUCAGGCGACGACAAGGAGCAUAUUUCCAGCGAGCAGCUACUAGAAGGGUACGAGAGGAAUGAGGUAAACGGGCGACUCUUCAACUUCUUAUUGAAGCGUGGGCCAAAAGUGCCCAAAAAGCUUCCAAUUUGCACCCAAUUGUUGGCUGUCUUAAUAGCAGCAUACAAUUACGAAAGUAUACCGAUUCAGAUAAAGCAAAUUUCUGAGCCAUGGCAGGUACUCGAGGCCUUGAGUAUCAACUGA